UCUCACCUUCGCGUCCUGGGACGUGAGCGCAGCCACCCGCCAAGGCUUUUCCCUCCUCUGCGGGCCGAGAGCCUCUGCCGACAGGGCGCCCCGCAUCUCCCCCAGCGCCGGGGGCCCUCCUGCAUUUCCUCUGUGCUGCUUUGAUCAGGGGGACUUUGGGUUUGUUUUCUCCUCUUUCCUCUUUGUUGCUCUAAAACCGGUCACGCCGAAGCCCCCCAUUCCGGAGGGAGUUCGACUUGUUGAGAAAGGCGGCUGCCGCGGACUGCACCGGCCCCUCCUGCGGACCCGCAAGCCGGUGCCCACCUUGCCCGCCUUACCCGCCGCCUGCGUUCGUUCGCCCGAGGAAGCCAGCCGAGAGGUCAUUGAUGCACCCAUUCCAGUGGUGUAACGGGUGUUUCUGCGGCCUGGGACUGGUUAGUACCAACAAGUCCUGCUCAAUGCCACCCAUCAGUUUCCAAGACCUUCCUCUCAACAUCUACAUGGUCAUCUUCGGCACAGGCAUCUUUAUCUUCAUGCUCAGCCUCAUCUUCUGCUGCUAUUUUAUCAGCAAACUCCGGAACCAGGCACAGAGUGAACGAUAUGGAUAUAAGGAGGUGGUGCUUAAAGGUGAUGCCAAGAAGUUACAGUUAUAUGGGCAGACCUGUGCAGUCUGUCUGGAAGACUUUAAGGGGAAGGACGAGCUAGGUGUGCUCCCGUGCCAACAUGCCUUUCACCGGAAGUGUCUGGUGAAGUGGCUAGAAGUACGCUGUGUCUGCCCUAUGUGUAACAAGCCGAUUGCUGGUCCCUCAGAGGCCGCCCAGAGCAUCGGGAUCCUAUUGGAUGAGCUGGUGUGAGUGCUGCCUCUACACCAAGGCCUGGAGAAGACCUCUUGCCUCGUGGGUGCCUGGUCCCUCUGCACAGCUGCAGUGAACAAGACUGUUGGGUGGUGAUGGUCAUGCUCACCUGAAGGGGAGGUAGUGCAGGGCUGGUCUCCCACCAUCAGGGUGAGACUGCCUUGCCCCACCUUUCUGCCUCCUGAAGCCUUGUUCCCUGCUACUCAGUACUGAUGGCAUCGCCCUUCAAGACCACUGUAUCCUGGUACUGGACUAUCUACCUGCCUUGUCACUGCUCUGGGGAAAGAAAUCCACCCGUAUCUGGCCAAGAACUUGGAGCACACCCCUUGAGGUUUCCCCUUGCGAGGACAAGCUGCCCUGACCUAGAAGAGGGGAUGAGAUGGGCUCUGCCCCACCUGUGAACUCCCCUCCCCUCCCUACUCUUUCCAUAGGAAGGUUAGAAGGGAAGGAAGGAAAGAUGGAGGAAUCAAGUGCCUCCAGUGGAAGUGAGGGAGGCUGUGUAGGAAACCAGGAAGAACAGGGAUGUAUAAAAGGAAAGUCAAUGUUUACAUGGGACCUAUUGAAACAAAGGCUGGCCGGCCGGCCCGCUAAUGACAGGGUAAUGGAGGGCAGAUCCCCUCCCCCUGCUAGGAUCUGAGGUGCUUACUCUUUCCCUGUCUUCCUCAGCUAAUCUCAGAGCUUCCUACUCCAUGUUGGGGUUUAAGAGCCCCCCUAGAAGAAGGGCUUGUUCUACACUCAAGUGGAUUCCCAGGAGCAAAAGGGGCCUGGGGAUGGGGGUGUCUGAAGGUUAAGGUAGCAACAGAUACCUUCUUCCCCUUUGUAAAUAGUAUUUUUAUACUGCAUCCUCACCAUCUCAGGCUUUGUACAUGUGAUCCCCCGGCUGGAAGGGGUGGGGGUUUUCCGUUCCUCCCUGAAGUGGGUGAGGGUGGGAGAAAGGUAUGUAUUUAAAGAAAAUUAAAUUUAAUAACAAGUUUCUCUAACCUUUGCCUGUGGUUGUGGCCCGUGUCUGUUGGCCCUUUUCUGCCAACAGAGGGAACAAAGUUCUCUAACUGCCUCUCCUCACUUCCCCAUACUCAGAUCAAACAUACACACACAAAGAUUCCUAACCUUUAAAAAGAAAAGUUGGUAUUAGAUUAUUGCCUGUACAACAUAAGGUAAGACUAAUAUCAGUGUACUGUAAGACUGGACUAAGUCAGGCUCAUUCAUCUGAUUUCUAGAAUAUUUUUAAAGAAAGGUGAUGUACGCCACCAGAGCAUUCCAUUAACUAAGACUUGAAAUUAAUAGAAUUCUACUUGUAAUUCAAGCAGUUGUGCUCUUAACACAACUAAAGGUCCAGGUUGCUAUCGUAGAGGCUUGAUCCCUUUUCCCUUAUUAUAUUUUUUUCUUACCUACCAGCUGACAAUCACUAACACAUCCUGCCCUCCUAUGCCAUGUCUGGAAGUGUGGCACUGUUAACAUCUUAUGCCUGUAUGUGCACUCAGAUCUUGCCCCCAUGUCCUCCAGCUUCACUCUGUCAGUGUCCAAGGGGGUGCUGAAUCAAUGAUGGGUGUGCAAAAUGGGAACAAUUUUCUUGGCCAUCAUAAGCACAGAGCAGCUGGGCUGUGGUUGCUCCCCUGCUCAGUGGAAGAGGGCAGUGCUAACGGUCAUCCCAGGGGGAAGCGCUAGGUGCUGUGCACAG